AUGAGGGGAAAAACACAGGAUGGAUCGGCGUCAUGCUGGUUUAAGGUCACAAUUCCACAUGCACGAAAGUGUAACAAGACAAAACUGAUGAAAUCAAUUCAGAGUUACUGCACGCUUCCUUUCGUUGCUGUGGACUUCCAUUACAUCAGGAACCAGGCCUGUUUCUUUAUUCAAGAUGAGAUUGCAGCAUCCGCCCUGAGGGAUGUGAGUGGAAAGAUUCGGGAUGAUGACAACAGAAAGAUAGCUGUGUUCAUCCAUCGCUCUGCUGCACCCUACUCUGUGCAGAAUCAACUGAAACCAGAAGAAAUGCAACUGCUGAAGCGCACUUUGUACAAACGGUAUGAUGCCAACACAAAGCGCCUUGACCUACAAAGUCUACGCCUUGACCCAGACUUGAUGCACCAUCAUAUUGACAUGAUACUGAAUCAAAGACAAUGCAUGGCUGCAACCCUACAGAUCAUUGGAACAGAAUUCCCUGAGCUCUCGGCUCUGAAUUUGUGCAACAACAAACUGCACCAUCUGGAUGGCCUGUCUGACAUUUUAGACAAGGCCCCCAAAGUCAGGUCCUUGAACCUGUGUGAUAACGAGCUUUGGACUAUACUAGAACUGGAGAAGGUAAAAGAGCUGAAGCUGGAAGAGCUGUGGCUGAAAGGGAACCCGCUGCGCAAGAUCUUCCCUGACCACGCAGCCUAUGAUGGCAAAGACUUAUCCCCACCAGUUGCAGAAAUGCAUGGACAGAAGACAACAAAACCAAGUGAGAAAAGGUCUCGAGAAAUCGAAAUGAUAAAAAAUUUGAUCCUCAAUUUCCUUCACCACUAUUACUUCAUCUAUGACUAUGGAGAUCGCCAUACUCUUAUUAAUGUUUACCACGAGAAGGCUUAUUUCUCUCUGAGCACUGUCUUCAACUCCACAGACCCGGUCCCGACCGAAUUGUGUGAAUAUGCCAAGAUCAGCAGGAAUAUCAAGAACAUCACAGAAGCAAACCUGAGGAGGCAACUGCUGAAGCACACAAACCAUGCCAUCGUGGACACCCUCAACACGUUGCCUAAAACUCGACAUUACUUCAGCUCCUUCUCAAUAGACACCUGCUUCUACACAGUGAGCACCUGCUUCCUCCCUCUGGCAGGCUUGAAAUGCCUUGAGGACAAUGAGUGGAACUUUACCAGUGCGGUGCAGGCCUUCUACACGCUCCAGGUGAGGCCUGGGAAGCAAGCGGGACCAGGGUGUCAUUCCAAAGGAGGCGUUCAAGAAAAGCACCUGAAAGAAUCUCAAGCUCUGCUCGGCAUGUUAGCCAUGACUUUCUCUUUUGCCGAAUAUCAGGUGUUGUUCAUUAUUGGGUUUGUAGACCUGGGCUUCUGA